AUGGGAUUAACAGAUAAAAUAUCAAGUAAAUUUGGAAAGAACGAAGCUAGUGAGCUCGACAAGCAAGGUGGAAAGGCAAUUGGCAAGGACAAUGUUUCCGGAGAAUUGCAGAAGCAGUAUAAGGAGGGAAACGUGAACAAGGCCAAUGCUGGAAAGUACGCCGAUGACCUUGAUAAACAAGGAGGAAAGGCACUUGGCAGAGAAAACCUUUCUGGAACAGAAAAGGGUGUUGGAACUCAUUACUUGGGCGCCAAGGAUGGUUCCACUGGAACUGGAACUGGAACUGGAACUCACGGAACUUCUGGUACUCAUGGUUCCGGAACCGGUGCUGGAACCGGUGCUGGAGCCGGUGCUGCUGGCGUAGGAGCUGCUGGAGCUGGAGCUUACGGUGCUAGCCACUCUGGUCAUUCCAAGAAUAGUGAACAAUUUGGAAAGACCGAAGGUAAUUACGGAAAGACGGAAGGUGACUAUGGAACUACUGGUACUGGAGGAUAUGGUUCAGGAAGUGGAACUCAUGGAACCCAUGGAACUACUGGAACUCACGGUACUACUGGAACCCAUGGAGCUACUGGAACUCACGGUACCACCGGAACUACUGGAGCUUACGGUUCCUCUGGCUCUGCCUCUGGGAACCACACCACCGGCUCUGACCCUUACGGAACCACUCGUGGUGGAAGCGACACAUAUGGUUCAUCUGGACAUGGAUCUGACGCUUAUGGUUCUGGUCGUGGAACCAAUACCUACGGUUCAGGACAAUCUGGACACACUUCUGGCCAUCACGGUAAAGAAGCUGCUGCCGCUGCUGCUGGUGUAGGUGCUGGUGGUGCUGCUGGCUAUGGUGCUUCUCACCACGACUCGAGCCAUGGAACUCAUGGAACUUCUGGAGCUGGUCAAUCUGGAUAUGGACAAUCUGGAACGACUGGACAAUCUGGAUAUGGACAAUCAGGAACUACUGGACAAUCUGGUUACGGUACCUCUGGAACUGGUCAAUCUGACUAUGGAACUUCUGGCACCGGCCACACUGGCUCUGGUCACACUGGAACCCAUUCUGGAACCCAUUCUGGAACCCAUUCUGGAACCCAUUCUGGAACCCAUUCUGGAUCUCACACUGGAGCUGGCACUGGCGCUGGUCUUGGUGCUGGAACUGGUGCUGCUGCUGGUUACGGAUCUAGCCACACUGGCUCAGGACACACUGGUUCAACUCACACUGGCUCAGGACACACUGGAACCGACUCCAGCUUUACUACUGGUAACCUGAAACUUGAUUCCAAGAUUUCAAAGUUGGAGCCCCAUGUCCAAGAACAAGCCAAGGACGCUUUCCACCAAGGCUACAAGGAUGCUCAAAAGGCUUUCAACCAGUAA